AUGUUUAGUAUUGCGCUGCAACUCAUCUUCGCUGUUCUCACUGCUGCUCAUCGCGAUGUGAGCCAAACUCUCAAUGACCUUCACGAUAUAACCGCGGGCGCAAAUAAUCUGACAACCAUUACCAACGCCUGGGAUGGUCAGAUCGCUGGCGCAAAUGACAUUAGUACAUCGACCAAUGUCCUCGCCGACCUAGUAGACACGGCCAACCACCACGCGGCCGAGGGAGAUGUGGCGACGAGCGAGGACUCGGUCGCCAUUCGCGAUUACAUCACCGAGACGAGCCAGCCUAGCGUUGCGGCCUCCAUUGAUGCCGUGGUGGCGCGCAAGGCAGACUUGGAUACGGCUGGCGCGUCGCCCGACAUUCUCGACGCCAUGCAGUCUCUCAAGAGCAAGGUGGAUGCGUACGCGACCACGCUUUGGGUCAUCACAUCCGAGGAUCAGAGGGACUCGGUUCGUUCAGCCAUUGGUCAGUUGGACACGGAUUUUGCCAAGGUCAUUGGUGCAUUCUCUUAA